AUGCCCUUCCAGUACGGUCAAGGCAUCGAGGGAUUCGUAGAGGACCCUGAGAGGGAUGGUGGAGUACCCAGCAUAUCCCCAGCUGAAAUUUUCCAUGCACGGCUCGAGAUGCUGUCACUACAGCGUGAAUCUCGUAUGGCUCCAUCAGUGCCAUCCGCGCCGAGAGAGUCCCACAUCCGGUGCCUGGAUAGUAUCCUCCGUGAUUUCGCACUCACUGGUGGUAACGCUGUGGAUGGAGUAAAGAGCGGGGAUGAAAACCUGGGGAAGAGUUAUGGGAAUAGCGCUCAAGUCGAGGAUGAGGAUGCGUGUAAAGUUUGCUAUGAGAGGCCAAUUGAUACGGUUCUAGUACCUUGUGGUCACUUUGUAGUCUGUAGUGCCUGCGUGUUGAGGUUGGAUGGUACCGACAAGCAGUGUCCGAUCUGUCGUACUACAUACCAGCUGGCGCAGAAGAUUUUCAAGUAA